CAUUGCCGAGGUAGCAGCAGGUCAAAAUGAAGUUCAAUCCGUUUGUGACCUCGGACCGCAGCAAGAAUCGCAAACGGCACUUCAAUGCACCAUCUCACAUUCGCAGGAAGAUCAUGUCUUCUCCCCUUUCCAAGGAACUGAGGCAGAAAUACAAUGUUCGUUCUAUGCCCAUCCGAAAGGAUGAUGAAGUUCAGGUCGUCCGGGGCCAUUACAAAGGGCAGCAGAUCGGCAAGGUGGUCCAGGUCUAUAGAAAGAAGUAUGUCAUCUACAUUGAGCGUGUGCAGCGUGAGAAGGCCAAUGGCACAACUGUUCAUGUGGGCAUCCAUCCCAGCAAGGUGGUCAUCACAAGACCAAAGCUGGAUAAGGAUCGCAAAAAGAUCUUGGAACGUGAAGCAAAGUCUCGCCAAGUUGGAAAGGAGAAGGGAAAAUACAAGGAAGAAACAAUUGAAAAGAUGCAAGAAUAAAAUAGACUCCUUGGUGAUUUUCAUUAAAAUUCCACUAAAAUGGAAAAAAAAAA